AUGAAAGUUCCCUGCGGAGUACUAAGAAGGACACAACGCGCAGAACCAAGCGCAGGGGGCACAAUGGAUAAAGGCAAAAAUGGGAAACUGCUUUUCGCACAUUUGAACAAAAGGACAUAUAUCAGCAAGGUAGAGGAAAUUAGCAAAACAAAAGGCUGCACCGUCAAAAAAAACAAGUUCAGAAAUAUAUACGUAGAUUUUUCUCUGAAUAAAUAUAUCAACAUAAAUAGCCUUGAUGUAGGCAAAUUUAUUAAAACGCCAAUACAUUACCAGACAUUUAGAGAGCUUGUCGACACGAUAAAGAAUGUUAGCGAUGUAAGGCUACAAAACAUUCACUUGGUAAGGAAAAUUGUAAAUUCCAUCGGGGUGUACAUAACGAAUUAUUUAAACAAUGUGAGUCAAUUGAAUCAUUUGACUAAUUUAAACACCUCCAAUGGGGGAGUCAAUCUGCAAGACAACUUUUACGACUUGGAUAAUUGUGACGAGGACGAAAAUGCGAUCACUCCAAAUAGCAUCACUACUAUUUUGAUUAGUCUCUACAAGCUAAAAUAUAGAAACGAAAAAUUUUUACAAUUGUUGGAAAGGCUUAUAUUUGUGAAAAAAGACAAUUUUAAAUUUUCCCAGCUCAAUUUAAUCCUUUAUAUUUAUGCGUAUUUCAACAGAGUAAAUAAGAAAUUCAUAAAUUCUCUACUAAUGAAUAUUCUGGAUAAUGAACAGAAGCUAAAUGCAGAUAACAUUUUAAGCAUUUUCACGUCGUUAUUUUAUUUAAACUGUAAGAAUGAGAAGACAUUAGAUCGUUUGGCAAAUUAUAUCAUUUCGAAUCAUCUACAAUUUGAUAUACAUGUUAUCAUUUUUCUUUUGAAUAAUUUGAGGAAAAUGAAUUAUUCAAAUAGCAAUUCUCUCAUGGAAUAUUUCCACGAUCAGAUUAUUCUUAAAUUGGGCUUUCUACCGCCAGGGAGGACAGAAAAAGAGAAGAAAAUUAUAGACCGCUUUUUUUUAAAGAGGAAAAUACAGCUCAUUAUUGAUGAGGAGAAUCUCCAAGAGGGUGGUUACCCUGUUGGAUGGAAGGAUGGUGACACUGAACAGGGAAGCCAUCACGAUAUUGCACAUUUGAAGGAUGAAAAGAAGGGAAAUAUAACAUGUAGUUACUACCCCCCCGUUGGCAAGAUUGAUCCAAGUUACAAUCUGUGUGAAGAACACAUCAUGAACACCUACGGAUCAGUACACAAUAAAUACAUUGUUGAAAAUAAUUACGUAGAUUAUAUUUACGAGUAUUAUAAUGAGAAAGACUUGGAAGAAGGAAGUAAGAGCAAACUAGACAUACUCAUGGAGGUACUGAUAUACAACAAACAUUUCAAGGAAGACCUGCUAACCGUUUUGUAUGAAUAUCUUCUGAAUAAUUUAAAAUCCUUUAUGAAUCAAAAUGAUAGCGACAUGUGUCGCAUGUUAUCCAACAUGUAUUAUUUUCAAAUAAAUAAUUUCCCAAAGGUUCUUCUGCUAAAUAAAAAAAUAUUCUUAAGUAUGUGUCACCAUUAUGUACCCUUUUAUAAACGGACCAACAUAAUGAUUUUCCUAUACAUAAAAUUGCUGCUACAUAAAUACAACUAUUUUGACGUGUUUAUCGACACCAUAUUGCAGAAGAAGAUACAAACAGAUUUGCUAACUUUGGAAGGGAGAGAAUUUUUAAAUUUGCUUAUACAAUGCAAAAAUUAUAGCGUAAGCAAGUAUCUUUGCGACAUUUCUUUGGUGUACUUUGAUUUUUUUAGUGUGAAGUACUCACCUCAUGGGGUAGAAGAUGAGAGGAACACAUUAGACAAAUAUCAACGGAGCAACCACCAUGAAUUUUCCCUUUCCCAAGUAAUCAACACCCAUAAGGAUGGAAAGAACAAGAGAUUUAUAACACUCAAGUUUAACGAGAAAAACAAACUAAGUUCCUACGACGGGCAAUUCUUAUUACAGCUUCUUCACUUCUACAUCGAAAUGAAGUACUACGAAGGGAUAUUCCUAUUUCUUAAGAGCUUAUUUUCGGGGGUGAGGGAUUUUCAGAAAUUCGACCCUUAUGUAUACUACAAAAUUAAUAAUCACAUUGUCGAUAUGGCCGCGAUGAAGCAGGUCCAGCAGGUGCAAAGAUCUGAUGUGUACGUCAGGUUUAAUGCAUUGCAAAUAAUUCACCUGUACGAAUAUUUUAAGAGCGCCUUUGCGUCUAAUGAAGAUUUUAUCACACAACAAGAUAACGUGAAAAAAGCGAAGCAUGAAAAGGCUCUUUAUCACCACUUCUACGCAUUCAGUGGUGAUAAUUCGGGUGAUGGAAGCGUGGACGAUGUUUCUUCCCGGACACCAAUCCAAACGAAACAAGGUAAGCAACCUUUGCCUUGUGAAAAUAAGACACAAGCCAGUCCAGUCAGUAAAUAUCUAUUCACCGAUUGGAAAGUUAACUACAUUAGUGCAAAUAAUGCCAAUGCUACUUCAAAAAGGGAAUCGAAUGGGACGUUUGGGAAUGUUAUCGAUGGGGGAAGGAACAAUGGGGCAAUCCCCUUGGAGAAGAAGAAAUACAAUUCGAAGUUACCAAAAAGUGGAGAAUUAAAAAAUGAACAUGACAAAAGAAACGGAAAUAUGGUCCAAGACGCAACUAUCCAAAUUGAGGGAAACACCUUCUACGUAGAUAAUCAUGUAUAUAAUGUCCUGAACAAUAUUUUCUUGUAUACCCCUGUGGACCUAUUCGCGUUAUACAUUCACCACUUUAAUUCGAAGAAUAUAUUUUUUUUGUUGCAGAACAUAAUUUUUAAGUUGAAUUGGGUAAACGUUGAGUACCUAUCCCUUGUAGUUGCAAAAAUUUUUGCCCGAAUAAGUGAAGAAACUUGUCGCGAAACGAAGAAGGAUUAUAUGGUAUAUCUGGAUUUCUUUCAUGAUUACUUACUAGGGGAGGAAGGAAGUAGUCAGAAGUUUUCCUAUCAAUCGAAGCAGACAAGGAGCACACAAAAUGUUAGCUAUCUAAAUGGCCAAGACAAAAGAUUGCUUAUAAGUAGGAUUCACCAAAAUUGCAUAACCACAUGCAAAGACCAAGAUAAGGUAAAAAAACGCAUCGCAUAUAUAUUGUGCAAAAAUAAGAGCUACUCUGGGUAUAUAAAUAAUGCCAUCAUUUUUGACGAGAAAUUUCUAAGCCUCUUUGUUCAGCUUGCCUUUAGAAAAAAAAAUAAUUUUUCUUCUUGUUCCUACUACGACAUGAUGAAUGACAGUUUGCUCCUCAUCUUGAAGUCUUUACGAACGAGGAAGAAGAACCCAAAGUACAUGCAGAGCGUAGAAAUAAUAACAAACAUAUUUCUGUUUAGGUAUAUUCAGUACAAGUACAGCGAGGAGGCGAAUGAAGGCAAUUUGUCCAAAAGGUGUGCAUCUGAAAAGGUGCCUUUUUUGGAUCCCCCAAUGGUAGAUAUGCAAAGGGGGGAAAGGGGGCUAUGCCUGAAUUUGGACUUGGACGUAAAUUCUGACGAAAAAUUGUAUUCCCAUUUGUACUGUAAUUUGUCCAAACGCGGGCCCCAGGGAGAGGCAACGCCUGUUCAGCAGAACGAGCAACGUGGAAAUAUAACACAUGACAAUGUUGUGCAGGCUCCAGGGGAAAGUCAGCGUAUUGUUAGCAUUCCGAAUGCGACAGAGAAGUACACCCAAAAGGGGGCUUCCAAUACCCCUAGCUCAGUAGACGAGGGCAACUUAAAUGGGGAAAAUCAAAUGACAAAGAGGAAGGAUGCAUUGAUGAGAUACAUACGAAUAUAUUAUACAAUUGUGAAGGUUCGAUAUUUUCACGAAAUGUCUAUCAAUAAACACAUAUUUCGUGAAUUGUGCUUAAACAGAGAAUACAUCGAUAAUGCCAUCCUUUUGGACUUGCUUUUUUAUAUAUAUAAGUACAAGUUUGAUGAAAUGAGAUACAUCCUCCUGCUGCAAAAAAAAUGUACCCUGUAUAAGGACUUAUAUUAUACGCAUUCAAAUUGUAGGAUAGUGGAAUUUCUUUGCAAAAAAUUGAAAAUUAAUUUGGACGAUAGCGUCAGGACUAUUCCCACGAAGCAGACGUCUUAUGAUUAUGAAAAUGUGUAA